AUGGAGAAAUGUCCUGGAAUAUUGAAAUGGACGCUUGAAUGGAUAUUACUAUUUGUUGGAAUAAUCGCUGCUCAGACAGGAGUAAACCCCUCUCAUAAUGGGCAAAUCUGUAGUACAUGGGGGAACUACCACUUUAAGACUUUCGAUGGAUACAGCUUCCGAUUACCAUCCACUUGUAAUUAUAUCCUCACUGCGACGUGUGGAAGCAGCUAUGAGGAUUUCAACAUUCAGUUGAGACGGCAAGUGCUACAUGACCAACCAACCAUCACUAGCAUCACCAUGAAGCUGGACGGCACUGUAGUGGAGCUCAUCAAGAGUUCUGUCAGAGUAGAUGGACAACUGACGACUCUGCCUUUCAGCAACUAUGGAGUUCUAAUUGAUAAAAGUUCCUCGUACAUCAAAGUCAGUGCCAAGCUUGGGCUAGUGGCCAUGUGGAAUGUGGACGACUCUUUCAUGGUUGAAUUGGACAAGAAGUACCAAAAUAAGACCUGUGGUUUAUGUGGGGAUUUCAAUGGCGUCCAGCUGUACAAUGAGUUCAUCAAAAAUGGUGUUGAGACGUCUCUUCAUGAAUAUGGCCACCUUGCAAAGAUGGAUGGUCCCACAGAGAGCUGUACAGAACUAGUCCAUUCACCAGACGAUUCAUGCCAAAAUCUGACAUCACUGUGUGAGCAGCUGUUCUCGGGCCCUCCUUUCAGUAGCUGUAAGGGCCUCGUAGACUCCUUCAUCAAGACCUGCGAGUUGGACUUGUGCCACUGCACCAACACCACCAGAUCCUUCUGCCUCUGCAGCACCUUCUCAGAAUAUUCUCGCCAGUGUGUUCACGCUGGAGGAAAACCUGACACAUGGAGAACUGAGCAGUUCUGCGGUCAAUCAUGUCCUUACCACAAUAUGGUGCACCAGGAGUGUGGAAACCCUUGCAUCAACACUUGUUCAAAUCCUGACAAAGCUCAUAUCUGUGAGGACCACUGUAUCGAUGGGUGUUUCUGUCCUGAAGGAUAUGUGUUUGAUGACCUCACUGAUAAAGGUUGUAUUGCCAAGGAUCAGUGUUCCUGCAUUCACAAUGGAAAAAUAUACCAACCUGGACAGACUUACAAAAGCAACUGUAAAGAAUGCACUUGUGUUAAUGAUCAAUGGAGCUGCAAAGAAAACGAUUGCCCCGGGACAUGCUCAGUGGAGGGUGGCUCCCAUAUCACAACCUACGAUGGGAGGACAUACAGUUUCCAUGGAGACUGCACUUAUGUGCUUACUAAGCAGACCAGUGGCAAUGAGUUUAUAGUUUUGGGGGAUCUGAUGAAAUGUGGUCUCACUGACACUGAAACAUGUCUGAAGGCAGUGACCCUUUUUCUGUCAGAGGGGAACACAGUGUUCAGCAUUCAGUCUGAUGGAAAGGUCUUUGUGAACAGAAUCUAUUCACAGCUACCACUUUCAACUGCGGGCGUGAUGAUUUUCAAACCCACCACAUUUUUCAUCAUCGUCCAGACGUCUUUUGGCCUUGAACUGGAGAUCCAACUCAUACCAAUAAUGCAGGUUUACAUUAAAGUGGAUGUGAGUCACAAGCAGAAAACCAAUGGUUUGUGUGGGAACUUUAAUAGUAUUCAAGUGGAUGACUUCAUAACUGUUAGUGGAUCUCUAGAGGGCACAGCGGUGGGCUUUGCCAACGGUUGGAAAACGAGAGCACACUGCCCUGAUGUUAAGAGCAACUUUGUGGAUCCUUGCAGUCUCAGCCUGGAUAACGAGAGAUUUGCUCAGAAAUGGUGUUCUCAGCUGACAGACCCUAAAGGGGUUUUUGCUCCCUGCCACAAAGAAAUCAGCCCUGAUGUCUAUCAAAAGACCUGCAUGUAUGAUGCCUGUAAUUGUGAGAAAAGUGAGGACUGCAUGUGUGCUGCAUUGUCUUCAUACGUACAUCAAUGUGCAGCAAAAGGGAUACUUCUCUAUAACUGGAGAAACGCCACAUGCGGGAAAUUUUCCGGUAGCUGCCCCAGCACAAUGGUUUAUUCUUACAGAGUUCAAAACAACAGUCGUUCUUGCCGUUGCCACAGCGACCCGGACUUCACCUGCGGUGUCACAUUUGAGCCUGUAGAUGGGUGUGUUUGUGCAGAGGGAAUGUACCUCCAUGAAGAAGGACAAUGUGUUCCACCAGCUAAUUGUCCAUGCUACGCAAAAGGAACAGUUAUUUCACCAGGGGAAGUUAUCAAUAAGGAUGGUACUACGUGCACUUGCAAGGGCGGGAAACUCAGUUGCACUGGACAGAGAAUUGGUCGACCAUCAUGCCCCAAACAUAUGGUGUUCUUUAACUGCACUAAUGCUGCCCCUGGAUCUACAGGAUCUGAGUGCCAAAAAAGCUGCAACACUCUAGAUAUGGCAUGUAUUAGCACUGAGUGCAUCUCUGGUUGUAUGUGCCCUUCUGGACUGGUAUCAGAUGGCAGAGGCCACUGCAUCGAAGAAGACCUUUGUCCAUGUAUUCACAAUGGUAAUGCACACCAACCAGGAGACACAAUCAAAGUGGACUGCAAUACCUGUACCUGUAAGGGUAAGAAAUGGAAAUGUACCAAAAACCCAUGCCAUGGAACUUGCACAGUUUAUGGGGAUGGCCAUUAUAUUACAUUUGAUGGGAAAAGAUAUACAUUUGAUGGAGACUGUGAAUACACAUUAAUCAGGGAUUAUUGUGGUCAUGCCAAUGCCAAUGCCAGUGGUACCUUCAGAGUUCUCACUGAAAACGUACCAUGUGGUACAACUGGCACCACCUGUUCUAAGGCUGUCAAAGUCUUCCUUGGGAACAAAGAGCUCAAACUGACCGAUGGAGGUUAUCAGAUUCUUAAUAGAGAUGAGGGGGAGGAAAUUCCAUUCCAAAUUCGGAUAAUGGGAAUUUAUAUGGUCAUUGAGGCAAAUAAUGGACUUAUUGUCAUGUGGGACCAAAAGACAAGUAUGUUCAUCAAACUCAGUCCAAAAUUUAAGGGUACCGUUUGUGGUCUUUGCGGAAACUAUGAUGGGAACGCUAACAACGACUUCAUGUUGAGAAGUCAAGAGGUGGUAAACAAAGCCUUGGACUUUGGAAACAGUUGGAAAGAGUCCUCCAGCUGUCGUGUUGCUACUGAAAUUAAAAAUCCCUGCUCGAACAACCCUUACAGGCAGUCAUGGGCUCAGAAACAAUGCAGUAUCAUCAAGAGUGACGUUUUUACAGUCUGCCAUUCUCAGGUGGACCCGUCUCCUUUCUAUGAAUCCUGUGUGAGAGACUCAUGUGCCUGUGAUAGUGGUGGGGAUUGUGACUGUUUCUGCACUGCUGUAUCAGCCUAUGCGCAAGCCUGUAAUGAAGCUGGAGCUUGUGUUACCUGGAGAACGCCUCAAAUAUGCCCAUUGUUCUGUGAUUAUUACAAUCCCCCUGGUGAAUGUGAGUGGCAUUACAAACCUUGUGGAGCUCCCUGUAUGCAGACCUGCAGAAAUCCAACUGGGCAUUGCUCCAAUCAGAUUCCAGCACUUGAAGGCUGUUACCCCAAAUGUCCCCCUGGACAGCCUUACUUUGAUGAGGAUACAAUGAAAUGUGAGAAGAGGGAGCAAUGUGGCUGCUAUGACAAGCAGGGGAAUCAUUAUGACAAUCAGGAGAGUGUUCCUACGACAAAAAACUGCCAAAUAUGCUACAACAUAUACUGCUACACAGUCAACAACUUUAACACGCACACCUACACCACCAGCUGCAACAUCAUCAGUUCAGAGUUCCAACAUAUCUUCAACUGCAAGCCUAUCCACAACUCCAACAACAACAUAUACUGUAAUACCUUCAAGACCUCCAAUAAGUCAGCCAACACCAACACCAUCAACUACAACACUAACAGUCCAGAAUCCCUUUACAAAUACAAGCAUAUCUACAAUUCAUUCAACAACCUCACCAACUUCCACUACACCAAUAACAACACCAACGUCUACACCAAUAAUCCAGAGUUCACCCACAAGUAUGAGAAUAACCACAACUCCAAUAACAACAACUAUAUCUACUGUUAUACAUUCAAAAACUUCAAUCAGCAUGCCUAUUCAACAAGCUGCAACAACAAGGGUCCAGAGUUCCACCACCAAUACAAAUAUAUCCAUGACCCUAACAGCUACAACAUAUACUGCUACACAAUCAACAACUUCAACAAGCACACCUACACCACCAAUUGCAACAUCAUCAGUCCAGAGUACCAACAUUUCUUUAACAACAGAUGCAAGCUUAUCCACAACUCCAACAAAAACAUCUACUGCAAUACUUUCAAGACCGCAGAUAAGCCCGCAAACACCAUCAACUACAACACUAACAGUCCAGAAUCCCUUUACAAAUACAAGCAUAUCCACAAUUCAUUCAACAACCUCACCAACUUCCACUACACCAAUAUCAACCACAACGUCUACACCAGCAACUUCAACACCAAUAAUCCAGAGUUCACCCACAAGUAUGAGAAUAACCACAACUCCAAUAACAACAACUGCAACAACAAGGGUCCAGAGUUCCUCCACCAAUACAAAUAUAUCCAUGACCCUAACAGCUACAACAUAUACUGCUACACAAUCAACAACUUUAACAAGCACACCUACACCACCAAUUGCAACAUCAUCAGUCCAGAGUACCAACAUUUCUUUUGCAACAAAUGCAAGCUUAUCCACAACUCCAACAACAACAUCUACUGCAAUACCUUCAAGACCUCCAAUAAGCCCACCAACACCAACACCAACACCAUCAACUACAACACUAACAGUCCAGAAUCCCUUUACAAAUACAAGCAUAUCCACAAUUCAUUCAACAACCUCACCAACUUCCACUACAACAAUAACAACCACCAUGCCUAUUCAGCAAGCUGCAACAACAAGGGUCCAGAGUUCCUCCACCAAUACAAAUAUAGCCAUGACCCUACCAGCUACAACAUAUACUGCUACACAAUCAACAACUUCAACAAGCACACCUACACAACCAAUUACAACAUCAUCAGUCCAGAAUACCAUCAUUUCUUUAACAACAAAUGUCACUUCUACACAAUCAACUUCAUCAACAAGUACACCUUCACCACCAGCUAA